AUGUUUCCUCAAGAUUUGAAUGUCGUAAUUACCGACAAAGAAAUAGAAGUUAAUAUACCCAAGCUAACAGCUGAAGAUCAAAAAUAUAUGCAGAACUGGCAAGGAACUGAAAGAAAUAUUUUAAUUAGGCCAAAAUUAAAAACGAAAUGCACAAAAAUUAUCGCAGGGGGCACCAAAGAACGCAGGUAUCAAUAUCUUCUUGCACUUCUUUCAAAAACAGGACUUUUUACCGACCCCGGAGCUCUUAAAUUCGAUCGUAAGAUCCUCAUGCACUUAGAUCAUCGUAUCACUGCCAUUACUACACAAGAAGAGCUCGACAACAUGAGUGACUUCGAUUUAAAGCCAUUUGAAAACUAUUCUCGUCCAGCAGGUGGCGUUAAACCUGAAGAAUGUGUAGCUGAUCCAAUUACCGUUGGACCUGCUACAGCUGCUUAUAUAGUCAGCACUUUUGCAGAUAGUAUAGACAUUGACAAAUUAGAAAAAACAUUUGACGAUCAAGGUGAACCGGGUUGGGUUACAACAUUUGCAAUUCCAGUUCCAGUUUUUGUACUCAUCCGCCACAAUUUCUCCCAAAAUACUUAUACAUUUUCCUUCAAAGAUUCUCCAGAACUUCCAUCAAAAGUUAUCCAUGAUAUGUUUGUUAGAAUCAUUAACACACUUAAGCAAGAGUACUUCAUCAAGGCAACAAUAACAGAUGCCGAUCCAAUCGAAUUUGCUCAAUUCAAGCAAAAGAUUGAAAAAAGCAACUGCUACAUCGCAUUUACAACAAACUUCGAGCGCAUUGAUGAUGACUUGACCGAUUCUUACAUCUACAUCUUCUCUCGUUACGGAGAAUCGAACAAAGAUGCGCUGGAAAAUAUUGCAAAGGAAAUUUUCGACAUUCUCAAGGUCAUGAUGUGCAAGAAGUGCAAGCAUGUAUAUAACUCAACAAAUGAUAACUGUUUCCUUUACUAUCACCCAGGCCAAAGAAUUCCAAUUGAAGAUGGCGAAAUGGAAGAGUUUGAUGAAGACGAAGUUGAUGAAGAUGGAAACCCAAUUCCAAUCUACAACUGGUCUUGCUGCGGAGAAAUGAGAGCUGACGAAGAUGGAUGCAAGAAGAAAGAAAACGGAAAACACCAGCUCGAUACUACUUACCCUGAAAUAUCUAGUCUGAAGAUCGAAUACGAUUUGAAGUAUAAUGAAAAAUUCUAA